AAAUCGUGCCGACUUAGGCAACUCAGAGAUGGCUCAAGAAGCGACGCCAUGGUGGUUCUCAAAGACGUUCUUCCACUUUCAACUAAGUUUGUUACAUCUGUGAACAAUUUUUUCGAUUGGUAUGAAGGCCUAGAGUUUCAGCAGUGGCGCAAUAAAAUACCCUGGAUUCUGCAAAAGACGGUUGGUUACAGACAACUCAGUGAAAUGCUCUUGCAAAGGUAUGAAGCCACUCUCGCUCCGCUCAAGAAGAGACAGGACCAAGCACGGCUUCUCGUAACAGAAUUGGAGGGUCUUAAAAGAAGCUAUGAAAGGAAAAAGAGAGAAUUUGAAGACGCCGCAAGUGCCAAGCGAGGCUGGGCCAUUGGACUCGCUUUUGUUCCGUUUGUAAACUUGGUAGCAUCGCCUGCAGUAGCAUGUUUCGCGGAGUCCGAUAUUGAAGAAGCAUCCAGACAAAGUGCCUUGGCAGUGGUUCAAAAAGAUGCUGCAAGAAAAGUCAGUGGAAAGUUGAUCCCUGCACUGCACGACUUUGUCGCUUGCGUCACAAAAGCAGCAGGUUUCUUCUCCGUAAUGGAACAGGAAUUUCGAAAGUUUGGAGCUAAAGCUGAAAAAGGAAACGAUACGCGCAAGUUUCUG